GAAUGCGACUUGGGACAGUGCACUAACCUUGAGGUGGAGGCUUACCGAAUCUCGAGCCCAGAAUUAUGAAGGGUGAUCCCCUCACACUCAUCUAGACUGAACCCCCCUUAGGCCCCGCUUCACACCCCCCUCCGCCAUCGCGUCCGCCGCCAACAAUGCCUCCCCGGAAAAUCGCCAUAAUCGGCUACGGAUUCUCCGCUAAAAUCUUCCACAUACCCUUCAUCCAGCAAAACUCGAAUCUAAUACUCUCUGGGAUCAUUCAGCGAAAUCCGACGCCAGGGAAUGACGCUGCGAAAGAUCAUCCAGGUGUUAAAGUCUACAGAUCCACGGAGGAGUUUUACAAGAGCGAUGGUGGAAGCGAGGUCAUUGUUAUAACUACCAGUAAUGAUACCCACUUCCAGUAUUGUAAAGAAGCGAUCGAGAGAGGGAAGGAUAUUAUUGUUGAGAAGCCGCUUACGAUCAGGAGUGGGGAUGCGGAGGAGUUGGUGAACUUGGCAAAGGAGAAGGGGGUUGGGAUUAGCGUUUAUCAGAGUAAACCUUCUUUCCGUUCCCCAUAUCUCCUGAAGCUAAUGGAUUUCGCUGCCUAAGAUAGGAGAUUCGACUCCGACUUCCUCACCCUUGCCACAGUGCUUCCACGGGUUGGGGAGCUAGUUUCCCUUGAAACUCGUUACGAUAGAUACAAACCCGACACAGCCCCCAGCGCCUCCAAGUCUUGGAAGUCCGCACAAGCUCUCGGAAACGGCACCUUGUUCGACCUCGGCGUGCACCUCUUAGACCAAGUCGUUUACCUUUUCGGCAUGCCCCAACGCCUCUUUGGCGAUGUCCGUGAUGAGCGUGGCUGCAGUACAAACCCAUCAGCCACCUGGGGCCAGGAAGGCUUCGUCGAUGAUUUCUUCACUGCAACACUAUUCUACACUCCUACCCCACCGCGGAAAAAGCCAUUCACAGUGCGGGUAGAGGCUUCCACAUUAUCUUGCCAAACACCGCAAUUAAGGUUUGUGCUUAGGGGCAUGGACGGUAGCUGGAUCAAGUAUAAUUUGGAUACUCAGGAGGCACAGCUGAAGGCUGGGGGGAUGCCAGGGACUGAAGGGUUUGGAGUUGAGGAGGCGGGGCAUUUUGGGAAGCUGGAGUUGAAGGACGGGAGAGUUGAGCAGACAGUUGCUGAGGUGGGCGAUUACGGGAGGUUUUACGAAAAGAUUGCGGAGGGCGGUAUUCCUGUUCCGGCGGAAGAGGCGGUCAGGGUCAUCAGGCUAGUAGAAUUGAUUGGGGAGAGUAGUCGGUUGGGCAAGGUUUUGGAUAUCGUGGUUUAAUAAAUUGAAUACGACGAUGUGUGUCUUU